UUCUCUCAUCUCAAAUCAUUCCAAAGAUGUCGACGACGACAGUACAAAGCAAUAGGAAUGGUUCUGCCAAGCAACUCAACGCUCCGACACCAGGGAAGGCAACAGUGCUUGCAUUGGGUAAGGCCUUCCCCAGCCAACUAGUCCCUCAAGAUUGCUUAGUCGAGGGCUACAUCCGCGACACGAAAUGUGCUGAUCUUGCCAUCAAGGAGAAACUGGAGCGACUCUGCAAAACUACAACUGUCAAGACCAGGUACACUGUGAUGUCGAAGGAGAUCCUGGACAAGUACCCUGAACUAGCAACUGAGGGCACAGCCACUAUCAGACAAAGGCUUGAAAUCACAAACCCUGCAGUGGUAGAGAUGGGUGUGGAAGCAAGCCUUGCUUGCAUAAAAGAAUGGGGCAGACCAGUUGAAGACAUUACUCACGUUGUCUAUGUGUCCUCAAGUGAAAUCAGACUCCCUGGUGGUGACCUCUACCUUGCCAGCAAGCUAGGCCUGAGGAAUGAUGUCGGUCGUGUAAUGUUGUACUUCUUAGGCUGCUAUGGGGGUGUCACUGGCCUUAGGGUUGCAAAAGACAUAGCCGAAAACAACCCGGGAAGCAGGGUCUUGUUAACCACUUCUGAAACCACCAUACUCGGUUUCAGACCACCCAACAAUGCGCGCCCUUACGACCUUGUUGGGGCUGCACUUUUCGGAGAUGGAGCCGCUGCUGUGAUCAUUGGAAGCAACCCGGUUUGGGGCCAAGAGUCUCCUUUCAUGGAGCUCAACUAUGCUGUCCAGCAAUUCCUCCCUGACACACACAAUGUGAUCGAUGGAAGGCUCUCCGAAGAAGGCAUCAAUUUCAAGCUGGGAAGGGACCUUCCUCAGAAGAUUGAUGAGAACAUUGAAGUGUUUUGCAAGAAACUCAUGGCAAAAGCUAGUCUCAAGAACUUCAAUGAGUUGUUCUGGGCUGUUCAUCCUGGAGGGCCUGCAAUCCUUAACAAGCUAGAGGGGACACUAAAGCUCACUAGUGACAAGCUUGAGUGCAGCAGACAGGCUCUGAUGGACUAUGGCAAUGUGAGCAGCAACACCAUUUUCUAUGUGAUGGAGAAGAUGAGAGAGGAAUUGAGGAAGAAAGAAGAGAGGGAAGAAUGGGGACUUGCAUUGGCUUUUGGACCUGGGAUUACAUUUGAAGGCAUUCUACUUCGCAGCCUGUGAUCUUUUAAAUGAAGCUAAAAGGAUGAAUAAUUACUAAUUCAUGAAAACAACGAACC